CGGAUUCAUGAAUAAAAAACCGAGUGGAGUUAAGUUCACAGGACGCAGGAAAGUUCUCCGCAGACAAAUGUUUGGCGCUCUUCAUUCCGCCCAUGACCGAGUACACGUAGAAACCCCCGAGAACUGAGCCGCGCACUCGGACCGAGCACAAGGAGACUGAAGAAGAGGCUUCUCCGAGGGAAUAGAGGAAGAGGAGCGGAAGGGAGAGAGAGAGACUGAGAUAGAGGUCCUAUCUCACUCUCCCAGUUGAGGUCUUCAGCGGAUCGCGUCGAGCCUAACUGCAGGACAAUGUCUAGUAAAGCGACUUUAGCCUUACUCAUCUAUGGAAUCAUAAUGCAUUACAGCGUCCACUGCUCACCUGUGGGGCUUAGCUUUCCCAGUGUUAGACUUGACAGUGAGGUUUAUGAUGAGGAUGGAAAUUCCUUACCGUCCCUGGAUUAUGACAGAGACCAAAUGGAAGUGAGAAGCCCCCCGUCUGUGGCUGACGACGUCUACUCUUUGUAUUACCCACCAGAGAAAAGAACGGAAAGGCAUGCAGACGGCAUGUUUAAUAAAGCCUACAGGAAAGCGCUGGGUCAGUUAUCAGCAAGGAAAUAUCUGCAUUCUCUGAUGGCAAAACGUGUAGGCGGGGGGAAAACACUGGAGGACAGCUCAGAGCCUCUGUCCAAGCGACACUCAGACGGGAUCUUCACAGACAGCUACAGCCGCUACCGAAAGCAAAUGGCAGUCAAGAAAUACCUGGCAGCAGUCCUUGGGAAAAGGUAUAGACAGAGAAUUAGAAACAAAGGACGCCGGCUGGCAUAUUUGUAGCAUCCUCCCCUCCCCUCCUGAAAAACAAAAAACUUAAGUGUGUGCAGCCCCAGAUGAAGUCAUUUUGAGAUCUGAACAAUCAGUGGAUCGCU